AUGAAAGAAUACUAUUCCCAACUCAUUUCACUUUCCUACCUCCAUGUCUCCCAAAUCAUCAAUCCACCGCCCUCCAAUCAUAUAAUCAACGAGUCGCUAUGCAGCCAGCUCGGUCUCGACGCUGCGGUGAUCUCGCUGAUGAAGAAAUUACCAUAUAUCGAUGGACCAUACUCCGACGGAGUUCUUGACGAGCAUGCCUCUGCGUACGGGUGCAUGCUCUUCCCCGGGUCUAUGGCGUAUUCAUUCUUGCGAGACCAAGACAUUGUAGAGAGCCGGGAUCCAGAGGCUGAUGGAACGGAGGGAGUGAGGUUGAAAUAUUUACUCAGCCAUGAUGUUGCAUUGACGCACAACCUCAGAGAUGGCAUGGCUUUAGUGCUGGAUACAAAAGCCAAUACUGUGAGAGUGCUGGGCAAUAGCAACAGUCCGGAAGUUAUCAACCCUGAAGGAACUCCACUCAAAAGACCUGAAGAACCUAUGCAUUACCGGAAUUAUUGCGCGCAAGAUGCAACAUCUUACUUCGAGGGCUUGAUUACUAAGAUCCGUUCCUUGGACUUGAUUCCCUAUGGAGGCGACGAUUUCUCGAGAAACUUCUAUGGCGACGCGUAUCCUGAGGUCCGUGACCAGAUUAAGAAGAUACUUAUAGAGGAGUACGGAUGGGACUCAGAGAACUUCAGACAAGAAGAUUGGGCAACAGACGCCGACGGAGUCUGGAAGAACAUUCUUUCAAAUUACUACGGCUGA